CCCUUCCCCCCGCACGAGCCACGGAACACACGAAAAGUCGCUAAAGGGUUUUCGAGCCCACGGCCGCUUUUUUCCCAAACCCCGAGUCAAAUCAACUUCACUUUCACGAAGACAUUCCACCCAACCUCAACACAGCCAUUUUGAAGCGGUACAACUGUCAAAUCGCGCAAGAUGGGUAAGGGCAAGCCGAGAGGAUUGAACGCGGCGCGCAAGCUGCGCAUGAACCGCAAGGACCAGAAGUGGGCCGAUCUCUCCUACAAGAAGCGCGCUCUUGGAACCGCCUUCAAGUCUUCUCCAUUCGGUGGCUCUUCGCACGCCAAGGGCAUUGUGCUCGAGAAGGUUGGUGUCGAAGCCAAGCAGCCCAACUCGGCCAUCCGAAAGUGCGUGAGAGUCCAACUCAUCAAGAACGGCAAGAAGGUCACAGCUUUCGUUCCCAAUGACGGUUGCUUGAACUUCGUGGACGAGAACGACGAAGUCCUCCUCGCUGGUUUCGGUCGUAAGGGCAAGGCAAAGGGUGAUAUCCCUGGUGUGCGAUUCAAGGUCGUCAAGGUUUCGGGUGUCGGUCUGUUGGCUCUGUGGAAGGAGAAGAAGGAGAAGCCCCGCUCUUAAAGGGCUAAUCGCAUUUGGGGACGACGAUACGAAAAUGGACUGAAAAUCAUUAGGGCAAUCUGGAGUCGAUAUGGCUUGCUUGUGUUUUCCCAUCGGCAUCAAAGGGUCGGGCCAUGAUACACACCCAUAGGUGGAUGAGAUCCGAAAAUAGAGAUCCCACUUCGCUACACUACACAAAUUGCCCUGGGUUAUUGUUGACAGGUGAUGGUGCAUGGAUAUGUGACACUGUUGUUGGUAUCCAAAUGCCUACUUCGGUAUUUUACAGG